UGCGGAUAAACAGGAAGCUGGUGGUAGCGGCAGCGGCAGGAGAGACCUCUCGGGGUUUCGGGGGGGAACCAGCGGAAGAACGAAGCUUCCAGGGCGGGCAGCGGAGGCCAGCUGAGGACGGAGAAAAGCCGCUUUGGCCGCCUGCCUCCCGGGGGCGAGAGGCGCAGCGCCGCUCUGGGCUUAGGCCUCCCGCUCCGCCGGCUCCGGCUGCGGCUGCAGCUGACAAAGGGCUCGCUCCGGCGCCGCCGCCCUUCUCAUCCGGGCACUCGGGUCCCUGCGGAGCGGGCGGGGGAAGGGCGGAGGGGGAAGGGCAGGAGCCCGGGAGCCGAGCACUUGGAGCGGAGGAGGCCCUGUCCGCGGCUCUGGCCCGGGGGUCCGGCAGGCGGAGGCCGAGGAGGAGCCGCGGCCGAGGAGGGCCCGUAGCGGUGGCGGCGGCGGCGGCCGGGGCCAGGAGGAUGGUGCAGAAGGAGAGCCAGGCGGCGCUGGAGGAGCGGGAGAACGAGCUCAACGCCAACCCUGCCAGCUCGGCGGGGGCAGCGCUGGAGCCCCCGGCCACGCCGGCCCCCGGGGAAGACACCCCGGCCGGGGCCGGGGGCGCUGCGGCGCCCGGGGCGGCCGGAGGGGCUCGGAAGUUCCUGUGUGGCGUGGUGGAAGGAUUUUAUGGAAGACCUUGGAUUAUGGAACAGAGAAAAGAACUCUUUAGAAGGCUCCAGAAAUGGGAAUUAAAUACAUACUUGUAUGCCCCAAAAGAUGACUACAAACAUAGGAUGUUUUGGCGAGAGAUGUAUUCAGUGGAGGAAGCUGAACAACUUAUGACUCUCAUCUCUGCUGCGCGGGAAUACGGGAUAGAGUUCAUCUACGCUAUCUCACCUGGAUUGGAUAUUACCUUUUCGAAUCCCAAGGAAGUUUCUACAUUGAAACGCAAACUUGACCAGGUUUCUCAGUUUGGGUGCAGGUCAUUUGCCUUGCUUUUUGAUGAUAUUGACCAUAACAUGUGUGCAGCAGAUAAAGAGGUAUUCAGUUCUUUCGCUCAUGCUCAGGUCUCCAUCACAAAUGAAAUUUAUCAGUACCUAGGAGAGCCGGAAACUUUCCUCUUCUGUCCCACAGAAUAUUGUGGCACUUUCUGUUAUCCAAAUGUGUCUCAGUCUCCUUAUUUAAGGACUGUGGGUGAAAAGCUUCUGCCUGGAAUUGAGGUGCUUUGGACAGGUCCCAAAGUUGUUUCUAAAGAAAUUCCAGUAGAGUCCAUUGAAGAGGUUUCUAAGAUUAUUAAGAGAGCUCCGGUAAUCUGGGAUAACAUUCAUGCUAAUGAUUAUGAUCAGAAGAGACUAUUUCUGGGCCCAUACAAAGGAAGAUCCACAGAACUCAUCCCACGGUUAAAAGGAGUCCUGACUAAUCCAAAUUGUGAAUUUGAAGCCAACUAUGUUGCUAUCCAUACCCUUGCCACCUGGUACAAAUCAAACAUGAAUGGAGUGAGAAAAGAUGUAGUGAUGACUGACAGUGAAGACAGUACUGUAUCAAUCCAAAUAAAGUUAGAAAAUGAAGGCAGUGAUGAAGAUAUUGAAACUGAUGUACUUUAUAGUCCACAGAUGGCUCUAAAGUUAGCUUUAACAGAAUGGUUGCAGGAUUUUGGAGUACCUCAUCAGUACAGCAGUAGGCAAGUUGCACAUAGUGGAGCUAAAUCAAGUGUAGUUGAUGGGACUCCCCUAGUUACAUCGCCUUCUUUAAAUUCCACAACUGUAGUUACAACGGUUUACCAGGAGCCCAUUAUGAGUCAGGGAGCAGCCUUGAGUAGUGAACCGACAGUUCUGACCAAGGAAGAAGAAAAGAAACAGUCAGAUGAGGAACCCAUGGACAUGGUAGUGGAAAAACAAGAAGAAACAGACCAUAAGAAUGACAAUCAAAUAUUAACAGAAAUUGUAGAAGCUAAAAUGGCAGAGGAAUUGAAACCAAUGGACACUGAUAAAGAGAGCAUAGCUGAAUCAAAAUCCCCAGAGAUGUCUAUGCAGGAAGAUUGCAUCAGUGAUAUUGCCCCUAUGCAGACUGAUGAACAGAUAAACAAGGAGCAGUUUGUGCCAGCUCCAAAUGAAAAGCCUUUGUACACUGUAGAGCCAGUGACUCUGGAGGAUUUGCAGUUACUUGCUGAUCUGUUCUACUUACCUUAUGAGCAUGGACCCAAAGGAGCACAGAUGUUACGUGAGUUCCAGUGGCUUCGAGCAAACAGCAGUGUUGUCAGUGUCAAUUGUAAAGGAAAGGACUCAGAAAAAAUUGAAGAAUGGCGGUCACGGGCAGCCAAGUUUGAAGAAAUGUGUGGACUAGUGAUGGGAAUGUUCACUCGGCUUUCCAAUUGUGCCAACAGGACAAUCCUUUAUGACAUGUACUCCUACGUUUGGGACAUCAAGAGUAUAAUGUCUAUGGUGAAGUCUUUUGUACAGUGGUUAGGGUGUCGUAGUCAUUCUUCAGCACAGUUCUUAAUUGGAGACCAAGAACCCUGGGCCUUUAGAGGCGGUCUAGCAGGAGAGUUCCAGCGUUUGCUGCCAAUUGAUGGGGCAAAUGAUCUCUUUUUUCAACCACCCCCUCUGACUCCUACCUCCAAAGUUUAUACUAUCAGACCAUAUUUUCCUAAAGAUGAGGCUUCCGUGUACAAGAUUUGCAGAGAAAUGUAUGACGAUGGAGUGGGUUUACCUUUUCAAAGUCAGCCUGACCUUAUUGGAGACAAGUUAGUGGGAGGGCUGCUUUCCCUCAGCCUGGAUUAUUGCUUUGUCCUAGAAGAUGAAGAUGGCAUAUGUGGUUAUGCCCUGGGCACUGUAGACGUGACCCCCUUCAUUAAAAAAUGUAAAAUUUCCUGGAUUCCCUUCAUGCAAGAGAAGUAUACCAAGCCAAAUGGUGACAAAGAACUCUCUGAGGCGGAGAAAAUAAUGUUGAGUUUCCAUGAAGAGCAGGAAGUGUUGCCAGAAACUUUCCUUGCCAACUUCCCUUCUCUGAUAAAGGUGGAUAUUCAUAAAAAAGUAACUGACCCAAGUGUAGCCAAAAGCAUGAUGGCUUGCCUCCUAUCUUCACUGAAGGCUAAUGGCUCCCGAGGGGCUUUCUGUGAAGUGAGACCAGAUGAUAAAAGAAUUCUGGAAUUUUACAGCAAGUUAGGCUGUUUUGAAAUUGCAAAAAUGGAAGGAUUUCCAAAGGAUGUGGUUAUACUUGGUCGAAGCCUGUGACAUUUGGCACUAUGAACUGUCCGAAAGUCUCUUAACUUCACCUGGUGGGUAGUGGUUGGGGUCUUUAUACAGUUCAGCCUCUGGAGCGGCCACAGAUGAGUCAAUUGGGAUUGGAAACAAAGAAGACUAUGUAAAACUCAUGCAUCAUAUUUUGAGACUACUCACUGGUUAGAAGAUAGUAUUCAGCAAAUCCUAUAGGAAAUAGAUACGUGGGCCCCUUUUUGGGUCUUGUGUUAGGUGUCAAGUCCUCUUACAUGGGCUUAUAGGAAGGGGGUCUUCAAUAAAUGUAGUCAGCACUGUUUUCUGCAUCCAAUGUGGUUGCAUUUUUCACCUUAGAGUAAUCAAAAUCAUUUGUCAUCCUCCUUGGCUUAUUGAAUGAAAUGUCUCAUUCUUUGGGGACAUGGCAGAGAUGAGAAAGAUUUAGUGGAUUUCAGAGCCUUCAGGGUGGAAAUUCCAAGUGGGAUGGUUGUGGCGUAGUAUAAGCUGAAUAAAUGAUUUCAAUUUUGGGCAGUUAUUCUGCUUUUUGUAAAGCCAUGGCCAGUUGUCUCCGGUAGUGAUGAUUGGUUCAGGCGUGUUGUGCUUUGUAGGGACAAAUGUGCAUUUGUUUGUGGCAAAAGCCUAAAAAUGACAAGCUUGUAAAUUUUUUGUAUAUAAACUAGCUGUGAUCUGCCUACCUUUGUGUUUACCGGUUUUGUUUCAUUUUGAAAAUGAAAGGUGUGAUUCAGGAUGGCACUUUGAAUAAUAUAAGUCAGUGGAAAGUGACUUUUUUGCCUUUGGUUGGUUUAGGCUUCUUUUUUUUUUUUUGGAAGUUUUAUUUUUAAAGUGCCUCUCACCUAAGCUAGGCCACAACCACUUUGGGUAUGAGAGCCUAACUUCAUAGGACUCAAUCUGUGCAAGUGCAGUCACUUCUAGAAAUUAGCCUCAAUACAGGUCAGCAUGUGUGAUGUUAGUUUGACAUCUGUCAAGUAGGGUUCAGGGACUGAUCGGUCCCAUUUGCCCCCAGAUCAGUUGUCCUUUCAUUUCAAGACCUGUUACUACUGGUUUUAUUAAAUCACAGCCUAAUUCUUGCAUGUUUGUAUUGAAUUUUUAAAAGAGACAAAUAAUGAGUAUACUUUAAUCAAUGACUUAAUGGUUAAUUUUUCCUUUACAGAUUCUGAGAGCUUCAUGUAUUUUAAUUUAGAUUUGGCGUAUUUAAGGGUUCUGAGCAUGAGGCUAGUAGGUAAUUUCUGCAGGGUUCAUUUUUUCAUCAUGACUGGCUGACUUCUUCAUAGAUUUAUAACUGUUUUAUUAUCAGCUUCCCUGUAGUUUUGUAUCAGAUAAUUAACUUUGAGCUGAGGGAAAGGGCAAGGAAAAGGAAACUUGAGACAUACUUUUCUUCAUAGGAUUCCCUCAGGAUGGGCUUUGAGAGCGUCUUCAACGGUGGUACCUAGAAGGGGUUCCACUAGUGACUUCCACCAAGGCCCGUGAGUGGCACUGAAUAGGGGAGAUGAAGGGAGGAAAGAAAGAAACCUCUAACUGAUAGAUAUAGUAGGUUGGAAAGUUUGGACCACAUUUGCAUUUUCAAGGCUGAGGUAUGAAAGGAGUAUCUACAAGAUUGGUUUAAACGGCUUAGUGUCAUGGGCUUCUCUUUAAAUAUGUUUUCUACACUAGUGAAUAAUUGUGGCAUUUUAUCUGGAGCAUUUCAGGGCCAACAUCCUAUGAAUCAAGACUUUUAGUGUUCGCUUGUGGCUUUUUCUUGGCUUUUAAUAACUGGCUAGUCGUCUGGUCACAAAUGCUGAGAACCAGAUGUUCAUGCCUAUACAUUCAUCACUCUAGGAUUGUAAAAUGCUAUGCUACUUCUAUGGUUAUGAAUAUUUAUUAAAGUUGGAAUGACAUUUCCUUGAUUGUUUAGAUCACAGCUCAGUUCUUGUAGAAAACGAACUGUAAAUUAUGUGAAGAUCAUGCAAGAGGCAAAAUAAAACUUGAAGUGAAUGUG